GGUUGCCUAGCAACCUCCUGUUCCUAGCCUGCUUGUUGUUUUUCUGUGAAUUCCUCUGAAAUCAACAGAAAAAGAGACAAAAAUGCAGGAAAGAGACAGUAAGCUGAGCGGCUCGACUCCGGCCAAAGACAAGGCGAAGUCCUCUGAGGAGCCGCCGGACGGCGAGGAUCCGCAGAGAGAGAAGAGUUUGUUUCUGACUCAGAUCAGUUUUCUGGACGAACAGCUGGAGAAGUUCCAGCUGCAGUGUGAUGACCUGAAGGAGCAGAAGAAAGACAUCAUCCUGAAGUCCGGCGCUCUGCAGAAGGACACCAACGACAUCCUGGAGUACCUGCAGCACUACCUGUCUGUGCUGGAGCGGGACGAGGAGGAGCUGAAGGCCAAGGUGGAGAAACAGCUGCAGGGCGACCGGCAGAAAACCGAGUCCUUGGAGCAGCUGCUCAGUACGGAGAGACAGGAGCUGCAGGACAAGUUGGACCAGCUGAGCUCCGACAGAGACAACCAGGCUGCCAGGAUAGAGGAGCAGCGGCUGCAGCUGGCCGAACAGGAGCGGAAGAUCAACAUGAAGAAGACUUUGGAUAAGGAGCUGAUCUUCCUGGAGAGGCACCAGGCCGCCGAGAUCAACAAGAUGUACAUGGAGAAGAGGGAGAUCAUCGACGAGAUGAAGCAGAACGUGAUGAACAGCAUCAGGCAGCGGGUGAAAGCCAUGAUCCAGGAGGAGACCGAGGAGCACCAGAAGCUGCGCGCCAACGUGGAGUCUCUGUCGCUGCAGAGUUUGGUGCUGCUGUGGGGGAAAAGGGCGGAGCAUAACAGAGUGAAGCGUCUCUGUCGAACAUCCAUAAAGAUCCGAGUCAUGAUCCACAGGAUGACCCUGAAAAUCAACAUCCUCAGGAAGGAAUCAGUGAAGCUGAGGAGGAGAUGCAAACUGCUGACGGGUCACAUCAACGAGCUGCAGAACUCCAGGCAGAGUCUGCUGGGCUACCAGGAGGCCUACAGAUCCUGCCUGGCCUCGGGUUUGGAGGAAUGCCGUCAGAAAGCGUCGGUCGUUGCGUUGCUGCUGGAGCGGCUGCAGAGGGAGAGGAGCAUUCGGAAGAACCUGGAGAGACACCUGAAGAGAGCCGUGUCCGUCCUCACAGCCAUCGCCACGGACGCUGGGAAAAUCCCCGGAUCUCAGCCGAGGCUGCAGAACCUGCUGCAGCUGAUGGACAGCAGGGAGCCGCAGGACGCCGGACCGCCGGAACCUGCCAGCAGAGACGAGGAGGAGGAGGAGGACAAGGAGGAGAAGGAGCCGCUCUUCCUCAUGGCCAAACUCAGACCAGGUGACCUCUACCUGGUUCCUGGACCAACAUGGACGCCCAGAACCGCUCUGGCCCAACGCAACCUGACGCCCAGAAGCAGAGUGAAGCUUCCUCCCAUCCAGAAGAGUCUGUGGCAGACGGCGCUGCAUGAAUGGAUGGGAUGAUCGGAUCACUUCUAAUCAAGCUGCUGCUGCUGAACUGGAGCUUUUCUUCUAUUAAAGUUUAAUAAAAUCCAGUAAUUUAAA